AUGUGGUUUGUGUUUUAUAAUAAUAGGGCAUUAAAGAUGGCAGAAAAAAAACCGGGUGAGCCAGAGGUGGAAGAUGAAUUUUCAGUAGAGAAAGUUUUAGACCGAAGAGUGAGGAAUGGAAAGGUGGAAUAUUUUUUGAAAUGGAAGGGAUACAGUGAUGAAGACAAUACAUGGGAGCCAGAGGAAAACCUUGACUGUCCUGACCUUAUUCAAGCCUUUGAGGAGGCCAGGAAAAAAAGAGAAGCUGAGGGUAAAAGCAGUAAAAUUGAAAAGGAUCCAAAAAAGCGUAAGUCUUCAGCAGCCACUCCUGAUCUAAAGGGGGCCAAGAAGACUAAAACCGAUGACAAAAAGUCGUCAGGCUUUGAUCGGGGUCUCGAGCCUGAAAAAAUUAUUGGCGCGACGGACAGCAGUGGUGAACUGAUGUUCCUGAUGAAGUGGCAAGGUACAGAUGAAGCAGAUCUUGUACCGGCCAAGCAGGCCAAUGUGCGAUGCCCGCAGGUCGUCAUUCAGUUCUAUGAGGAGCGGCUAACCUGGCAUACACCAGCACCUGAAGAAGCAAACAAUGAAGACUAG